GCCGCCGCCCGCCCGCGCCCCCGGCCCUCCCGCGAGGGCGCCCCGGCACGGACGCCGCCGGCAGCCUGUCGGCGCCCGCCGCCCUCGUGGUCGCCGUCGCCGUCGUGGUGGUGGUGGUGUCCGCCGUCGCCUGGGCCAUGGCCAACUACAUCCACGUCCCGCCCGGCGCCCCCGAGGUGCCCAAGCUGGACGUGACGGUGCCCGACCAGGAGGAGCAGCGCUGCCGCGAGGGCGCCCUGCGCCUCCUGCGGCACCUGCGGCCGCACUGGGACCCCCAGGACGUGACCCUGCAGCUCUUCACGGACGGAAUCACGAACAAGCUCAUCGGCUGCUAUGUGGGCAGCACCAUGGAGGACGUGGUCCUGGUGCGCAUCUACGGCAACAAGACGGAGCUGCUGGUGGACCGCGACGAGGAGGUGAAGAGCUUCCGCGUGCUGCAGGCCCACGGCUGCGCCCCGCAGCUCUACUGCACCUUCAACAACGGGCUCUGCUACGAGUUCAUCCAGGGCGAGGCCCUGGACCCCCGGCACGUCUGCAACCCCGACAUCUUCAGGCUAAUAGCACGUCAGCUUGCUAAAAUCCACGCUAUCCACGCACACAAUGGCUGGAUUCCCAAAUCUAAUCUGUGGCUGAAAAUGAGAAAAUAUUUCUCUCUCAUUCCCACAGGAUUUACAGAUGAAGCCAUUAAUAAAAGGUUCCUAAGUGACAUACCAAGCUCUCAGAUUCUUCAGGAGGAGAUGACUUGGAUGAUAGAGUAUCUUUCCAAACUGGGCUCACCUGUUGUACUUUGCCAUAAUGAUCUGUUGUGUAAGAAUAUAAUCUACAAUGGGAAACAAGGUGAUGUACAGUUUAUUGAUUAUGAGUAUUCUGGAUACAACUACCUGGCAUACGAUAUUGGAAAUCAUUUCAAUGAAUUUGCAGGUGUGAGUGAGGUGGAUUACCGCCUCUACCCGGGCCGCGAGCUCCAGCUGCAGUGGCUGCGCGCCUACCUUGAGGCCUACAACCACUACAAGGGCUACGGGCCCGAGGUCACCGACAAGGAGGUGGAAGUGCUCUUCAUCCACGUCAACCGGUUCGCUUUGGCUUCUCAUUUCUUUUGGGGAUUGUGGGCUUUGAUUCAAGCCAAAUACUCCACUAUUGAGUUUGAUUUCCUUGGGUAUGCUAUUGUUCGCUUUAACCAAUACUUUAAAAUGAAGCCUGAGGUUACUGCAUUAAAAGUGCCUGAGUAAAGAAGAAAUUUAAUUAUUCCCAAGUAGCAGAACAAUGCUUGUGAAUUGUUUCUUAAGAAAUCCAAAAAGCCAAUAUUUGUUAAAAUUCUGUUAUUUGAUUUGGUUAUUUUGCUUUAAGAAUUAUGCCUCUAAACAACCAGUCUUUUUCAGAUAGACUGAGUGAUGUCAAGAAAUAGACUUAACUGCUAUCCAUAUGUGGUGGAUUAGGAAUUUGUUAUAUCUGCAAAAAGGUAUAAAGAUGUCAGUUGAGUCCUUUAAUAAUUUAAUCUGUGUUAUAUGUGAAUUAUUUAUUAUAAAUUUAACACGAUUCUGUGCCGGCUUCCAUCUGUGUCAUCUGUUGAGUAUCAGCAGUGAGAGUGCGCCAGAGAGAUUUUUUAUUUUAAUAAGAUUAAUUUUAGUAAAUAUUCUAGGCAUUCAAGUGUAACCUUUAUCUUGAUGCAUUGUAAGUGAAUUAUAUACUCUUGAAAUGCCAGGCACUGGUAUAGAUUACUUAGGAUGUUUAUAGAAAAAAUAACUGUUUAGGAGGGUGAAGUAUAUUCACCGUUUUUACUAGUGAUACAUCCUUUUGAAUUGAAUACUAGAAGGGUUUUUUUUUUUUUUUAGGGUUUGUACUUAGAAUUAAAUCUCCCUCUCUUUACCUAGACUGGCAGAUAAAUAUUAAUAUUUACCAUAUAAUCUUGGAAUAGAUAGGAUUUCAUGUUGCUGAAAUCUGCAUUAAAUAGUGUUUCAUGUACUAAAUAUGGUCAUUUAAGUUACUAGUUAUAAAAAAUUUACUACGUCAAAUUAUUUCUAAUCAAAACUUUUGUUUCACUAUUGAGAUGUUCUUUGUUUUGUUGUUAAAUAGUAUAGCUUGUAGGAAAACUGCUAAUUAUUGAGACAAUGUAUGUCAUCUUGGGAACAAGAAAAAGUCAUUUAGAUUCUUUUUUACCUCUACAGUCAUUCCUUUCAUUUUAGCUUCAUGUUUUUGUUUGGAUCCUUGCCUUUCUGACGAUGUCAAGUAGCUCAUCGAUGCAAGUAGAUUCCGAGAAAUAGGUUGAGGUUGUUAAAAGAAGUAAGAAACAUUUAUGACAUUGGUUCUGUACACCUAAAAUGCAAUAUAACAGCAUGAGUUAAGCAGAAAUACUCACGGUAGGAGGGCUCCUGUUUUGAUUUUUCUUACUGAGUGUGUGUAAUUUUGUGUGGGUGUGAAGGGCGGCAGUUCCGCGGAUCAUGGGAGUGGGUCAGUGGGCUUCAGGUCUGGAGACUGCUGUGUGGACCUGGCCGUCACGGUCACUCAGCAGAGGAGAUCUACGGGCUCUGCACGCGGGCACGGACGUGCCGUGUGUGCUGCUGACGGAUCUGCGUAUUCAGAAUGUGCAAGUACAAAUUUAUCCUCUGAAAUUUUCUGGGGGGUCUGAUGUAUUAUGUCCUAAUGACUCCUGUUCUUAGAGCUGUGCUUUAAAGAACUUGGAUUAUCUCAAGAUGUUUAAAGCAAAUCAAGUAGAAACACUUAAAAGACCAUUUUAUAUGGUAAAUUCUAGUUCUAUAGUUUCUUAAAACCUUUCUUGUCUCUGUAACAGUGUUAGACCGAGAUUUGUUUUCUACCUCCCCGUACUCCAGAGACUCGCUUCAGUUUUAUAAACCACAGUACUGUUGAUCGAUAGAAUCUUACAUCACUGACUACGUGAAUGGAACCAAUUAAACUGUAACUUUUUUAUAUCAUGUUAGAGUGAACUUGAAAAGUUGUUUUUGGUGGAAUUUUCAUCUUUGAUUGGGACAUUUUCUUAACAUUUCGGGGAAAAAAAGUAAUAUUCUUGAUUUAUUUAUUUAUUUUGUAUUUUUAUUUUUUACUGCAGCCGUAAAUACUUCUAAAAGACGAGGCGCUGUCGGGGAGGGAUAGUUUUCCCGCGUGGCCCCGUUCUUCACGCUCUCAGUCGUGCACCCAGCUGGGUGCUGGGGGGCUGCUCGCCGGGCCCCGGGGGGCUUCUGGGGCGACAGUGGGCAGGGGAGAAGGCUUCCGCCCGCCGUAGGGUCUGCAGUGGGGUCGGGGAGCAGACUGAGAUAUUAAAAAUCUCUCUCCCGUUCUUUCACUAGAUUCUGGGUGUGACGCUCUGCUUCCUGUUCGGUUUAGGGGAGUCAUUCUGCAGAAUAAUUACAGUUUAAAAUUGUAUUUUGUGUGGGGUUUUUUGAUUUUUUUUUUUUUUUUUUUGGUUUCCAAACCAUCUAAAGGAUUCUUAAAAAAAAUACAACAUCCCUCUAAAAUCUGUCCUGUGGCUUGCUGAGAUGUCUUUUGCCUUUUAUGUUAAGCUACGGAACUUGAAUGCCUUAUCUCAUAACUGGUAGUAAGCUCAUUUUGUAAAUAUGAAAAUGGUUGUCAGAGAAUUGGCAUUCAGUGUACUCAUUGUUAGUCAAUAGACAAUAGACCAUAGUGGCCUGAAUGCUUUAAUAAGCAGAAUUCCACACCCCCCACCCCUUGUUCCUGAAGUACAUGUAUGCUCUUACCUGACCAGUAAUAUUGGAUUCCCCUCUUUGCACCCCCGGCCCAUGCUCUUUGAUUCCUGGAAAUCAAAGAGAUGUGGUAGUGACAUAUUGUUCACAUGAUCAUUUGAGAUCAAUAUGAGCACAAACUCAUCCAGCAGAUCUGCCCGGCCUGUAUAUAAGACAGUGUAAAUAAAGAUUUGUAAAUCAGUGUGGACUGUACCUUGCGUAUGAGAUUGUGUAUUGCUUUGCAUUCUCUUGUAGAUCUCGCUCUGUAAGAAAUGAUCCAGCUCUUUGUUUCUGGACUGGAAAUAGCUAACAGUUCUGGCCACACAGUGUGAUAGCAAGAGGAACUGGAAAUAGGGUUGAUUAGUUUCGUUAAUGUCACUACUUAUUUACUUAGCCUCUCAGUGCCUAAUAUGACUUUUCUUCCUCCUUUACUUGGCCAUUAGUUUUGUAAACUUCCUGCAAGCAGUAAAUUAAUAGUGUGAGAAUUUUUUGAAUUCUGAUUCCCAAACUGAAAAUAAAAGUUUCACGAUCAGUAUCUUUUCCUGUUUUCAGUCAGCCUUUUUCUACCAAAAACAACUUUGAAAUUUUAUAGAUCUCAUUGUAAUUCUAAAUUCCAUAUAUAAGAGAGACAAAUUAGGACUCUGAGUUCAACUGAAGUAUUUCACAGUUUCUCCAAAUGUAAUGUUUUCAUUAUGGGAUUGUAACAGAAACAGAAUAAUCUUUUAAUGACCACUCUUCCCAUUUUUGCUGGAUUAAAUUACUUGACCUUCCUAAAAAUUCUACGAAAACUUUCAAAUUUAAAGAAAGUGUUUUCCCACCAUCACAAGCUAAAAACCUCCACUUUGACAAUUACAUAGAUAUUUCUUUUAUAAAUUAUACAAAGCCUUCUGUAACAUUUCUCAUUUCCUUCAUAAUAUAAAUGAGAAUACUGUUUGAUUUUCUGUUCUUAAUUGCUUCUAACAAGCAUUUUAUACUGCAUUCCAAAGUAACAAAUAGCUUUUAAUAUGAAUUGGUUGUUCAGUUAGACAAAGUAAUGCUUUAUGCUAGGAGAGUUUUGUUAUUGGCGGGAAUUUGCACUACUUUACACAAAAGGCAAAAAGAAAAUGCCAGUAAUUGUUACGCAUAGAGAAAAAUAAGUGAUAAGAAUGUGGUAAAACAGCUUUACCUUUUUAUUUCAAAGUUUUUUCUUUGGUGCAUUAGAGUUGAGAAUGUCCUUUGACUGGAAACUUGGUUACAUAUUAAGGCAACAUUUCUUUUUUUAAACUUUAAGAUGGCUGUAUCAAAUCACCUGUUUUUUCCCAUUACAUGCCACAUGCGUGAUUACAGUGUUAUGUCUUAGGUUGGAUGUUUUCAGACUGUGAAGUGUGUCAGUUACUCAAAGUGAAUUUCCCCCGCCUCUUUGAAGCUUAGUCUGCAAGUAUCUUGCUGUGAAAGGAAAAGUGUUUGGGCUUGCAUUGCCGAAUACUUGAACACUGAAAUUGCGUAAUCAUUUCAAUUUUCCAGAAGUUUUUACUUCAAGAUUUUUCAUUUCUGUAAAUUUCACUUCGUCAUUUGGAAUGGAUAGAAAGUUUCAGUUCUUUGAAUGGAAGCAAUAAUGAUAGUGCUUCUGGAAGAUGAUGCUUUUGUAUUUAAGACAUCCUAAAUUCAAGUUUUUAAAUCAGUUUUUUUCCCUGAAGUCUUUCUCUUCUUUUCCCUAUACUUAAAGCACUUUGCUACUGCUGUUAUUAAGUAGGUGAAAAUAAAGUCUGUGAUCAUUAUGACUCUUACAGCAUUUGUAGUGAUGGGGAAAAAAAAUCCUCUGUUAAAUACUCUGAAUCUGCAAUUGUAGUCAUUUAUUUGUUUACUUCUUAUCCACUAAUGGUAUGAAUUAUCACUUCGAAAUGAUUGGUUAAAUCAUUUGAAGAAAACAUGACACAAUAUUUAUAAAAAUUGGAAGAAACCACAGACUGUAUUUGAAUUAGUGAAGAAUCAGAGGAAACAGGUGAAUUGAAUUGUUUCCUAGUUAAAUCCAUGAAACCUCCUGCGAUCUGAUCUGGAAAAGGCCCCCUGGCCCCGAGUAAUGGCGCAGAUGAGAGUAUUCACUUGCCGCGGUGGUGGCGUCCUGCCGCUCGGUCGGGUAGUGACACACUGAAAUCAAAUUUCCUGUUGCUUAUCUGUCCUGCAGCAACUUCAGAUUGGUAGAAUCUGCAGAGGAAACUUUUUUCAGCUUUAUUUAGGAACCCUUGUACAUCGGGGCAAAGUUCCACGGUAUGAAGUAUUUGAAUCCUAAAGUGCGCUAUUACUCAAAGGAAGAGGACAUGGCAUGAUCCCAUGUUCUUAAGUGAUCACUUCCUCUCUCAGUGUCAGGAGGAGGAGAAUUGUCAUUGAGUUAGCUCUGUGUUGAAUCGGGAAAUUGUGGCAUAAGACUUAAAUUUGUGUUUAUCAAAUGUGAAAUGUUGUAGUAUAAUGCUGCUUUGUAUAUACUUUAAGUGCUACAAAUAGUCUCAGCACUGAAAAUGUAUUGAUACCUCUCAAAUGAAUGCAACUUUCGAUGUCGGUGUCUGGAUGUGCCUCAGAAAGUAUCUGAGUGUCUGGGGAACUCCUUGAUCUGUUUGGUAAUGAAGAUACUUCCUGGUUUGUUUUUUCUCGUUGCGUUACUGUCAUGUUUUAAUUUUUACAUUUUUACUACUGUUAAUUUAUGUAAAAAUUGUUCGGUGGCUACACAAUGGGGUUGUCGGUGAAGAGAAUUAAAACAGCCUCAUUUAUGUAACUGCUUAAGUAAAAAUAAAUUUUUGCUCUACGUUCACAAACUUUUAAUUAAGCUGUUUGUAUUUCUGUUUAAAUAAGUGAUACUUAAGGCUUUGUUUCUCUCCGAUGAAGCCUAUUACCAUUGAUUAAAUGAAGGAAUGUAUCUUUUUGAAGAGAUUUAUAUUCUGUAAAUAAAAAUUGGUUGUAACAAUAAAGUUGGGUUCUAACUACA